CUCUUACACUUCACAAGCUAUUACUGAUUGUAUCGACAGCAAUGACAAUGGACUCAAAACAGAAGUGCGAUGUGGAGAUAGAAGAAUCAGUCGCACUUUUAGGCACGAAGAGAGUCAAAUAUACAAUGGAAAAUGAUAUGUCCAGCAGUCAAGCUGGCGUUUCCAGUGAUGUUCUUGAUGAUAAAAAGGACCUAGGCGAAGAUAUCGACACCGGGCCGUGCGAUGUUACGGGAACUGUUGGGCUGAGAAGUGCUGAAAGUGGCUCAGGUAAAGGUAUUCAGGGCGAUGUACCUGCGAGUGCAAGUGCUGCUGAAAUUGAACCCCUGAGCAAUGGAGAGACUGCUGAGGGCCGAGCUGAUAUGGGGAGCGAGAAAGCUUCCACUGCCAGCAAUGGGGAGGUACGGCAACACGUUGCUUGA